UACUGGCUGCUGUUUCAUCUCCACUCCACGGAUCAUAUGGGAUUGGAGGGACAGUACCAUUGGCUUCUCCAGCUCAUCAUCGGAGUCUCAAUGGUUACCACUUUGAUGGGUAUUAGUCACCCCCGCAGCUUUGCUGUUGCGUUCGUUCGUUCCAUCAGCAUAACCUCCCAGGGGCUCUGGUUCAUCAUCCUCGGCUACGCUCUUUGGACGCCAGCACUCAUCCCCAAGGGCUGCUACAUGAACGAUGAAGACGGCCACUACGUCGUCCGCUGCCAAAGCGAUGACGAUCUCUUCCGCGCCAAGUCUCUCGCCAACCUCGAAUUCAGCUGGCUCAUCACCACCAUCAUCAUCUUCUCCUUCCUCCUCUACCUUUUCUUGAGCAGGAGGUAUGAGAAUGAGUCGGACUACGGCUCCAUCGAAGAGCUUGAUCUGGAGGAUUUGGAGCUUCAGAAAAAGAUCAACAGCAAGCUUGAGGAGUCCGAUAGCUUUAUGUUCAUGGAUAAAGUAAAGUGGUGA